UUUCUUUGCUCCCUCCAAAAUCAACAGCGCCAGACACACAUCACACAGUCACACUCAGACAGGAACAAACAGGCAGAAGACAGGGCCAGCAAGCAAACUUGAGCUUGAGGUUUUGAAAUUGAGAAAAUGGAUGAGAUAGGGUUGGGAGGUUAAGGAUUUGAUCCACGUGUGUAAUAAUUAUACAGUUUAAUAAGAAACAUCAAAUUACAGCAUUCAUAGAAGGGUAACUUACUUUCCUGAGUUCAUCCCGACUUUCAUUUUGCUGUGACUUCUAAAAUUUGUCGAGUGAUAUUUCAAGAGAUUUGACUACAUUAGUUUCUACAGCAGCAAUGGCGAGUCCAGAAAAUGAAACUAAUGUCCGUGUGCUGAGAAACAGGGUGGUAGAGAAGGACGGAAUGUCAACUCCUUCAAAACUAGGCACGCCUUCCAAAAGAGCAACUCCCAGCAAACUGGCCGGCGAAGUCAGCGGACUCACAACCAGGACCCGCAGACGACUGUCCACUAAGCUGGCAAGUGAAGAAAUAGCUGAAUUACCUCAAUCAACCGUCGUUAUCAACAAACUACCAGAUUCGACGCCAUCUAAGAGAGGAAGAAAGAGUAUGGACGUGAGCUGUAAAUCUCCUGAAGUCGUCUCACAAGAAAAUAACGCAACCGGUAGAGAUUCUAGAAUGAAUGGAAAAGAUAAGUCGCCAAAAUCAGAAGAGAAAACGAAAGAAGACCAACCUACGAUUUCAGAAAAGAAAAAAGCAAAAGAUGACCUACCUACAAUUUUAGAAAAUGAAGACCAGUCGCAAAAAUCAGAUGAGAAAAUGAAAGACGACCAACCUGCGAUUUCAGAAAAGAAGAGAACAAAAGAUGACCUACCUACAAUUUUAGAAAAUGAAGACAGUGAAAAUUCGAUUAUCGAAAAUUCAUUCACAUUGGAAUUAAGUAUUACUGAUAAGGCGAAAAAUGACCUACAGAAGGGCCAAUUAAACAAAAGUCCGUCAGUUAUUUGCAAUCCAGACAAGAACGAUGAGGAAACCUCCGUGAAUGCUGUAUCGCCAAAUACCCUGGGCAAGGAAGUUGUUGUUGAUUCAUCACCCGCAAAAUCAAUCAGUGAUGUUGGCCUCGGUGAAUCUCUUGAUUCUGAUGAACAAUCUGAGAGAACGCCAGGGAAAGAAUGUCCUUCCAUCCAAGAAGAAGAAGAGUCUAUUAGAUCUCCUGAGCAAGAAAAAAAAUCAGUUGAGCAGGAGAAAGAAUCUAAUGAAGUUGUUGAUCAAGAAAAAGAUGAUAGUAAAUCCAGAGGUAAAAAAGAUCAAUCCAAUGAAUCUGUUGACAAUGAAGGGGAGGAGAAGAAAAUGAGCCAACUGCCCAGCCAAUCUAUUGAAUCCAAAUUGGAAGAAGAAACUGAUUUCGAUGGGUCCAACAAUGAAAUAGUUAUCUUAAAUGAAGACUCUAACAAUUCUGUUGACAAAUGUGAAGAAUCAAGUCAAAAUAUCAUCAUAGAAAAAGAACCCAUCGAAUCUAUUGAUCAAGCAAAUGAAUCUGGCUUAUCAGUUAUUCCAGAAGAAUGUAACUCAGCAGAUUCAACUUUGAACACUGAAAGCAGUGUAAUUCUUCAAAGUCCUUUGAAAGAUUGUAGAAGUAAUUCAGAAUCUGAUUCUAAUGUUGUCAGUGAAGUGGUUGUGACACUUGAAGAUAAUAUCUCGUUGGAAAACAAUGAUCCGAAAAAUAUCUGCUCAGAAGUUGAGUCAAAGGGUGAAGACUCUGAAUCAGUUGGUCAAUUCCUGGAUGAAAUUAUUGUGAACAAUUUGCACGAGGAAUUGGUUAUUGAUAAAAUUGAAAGCAUUAUGGAGACAGAUGAUCAACCGUUAAAUAAUGCUGAAGCUUCCAAGAUGAUAAUUCUACUGAAACCGUACCUGAUGAAUCAGAGACUAAUAAACUCUCCGAAAUCUCGCCCUUCAAAUCUCCAAUGAAAAUUCAAAAUUCACCAAAAUCCUCUCCAUCAAACACAUGCUCCCCUAAGAAAAAUUCUUCGCCACAAAAAAUGAAAGAUAUUAACAGACUAACAAGCCCCUUGUGUCAACGUCUUCCGAAUGGAGAUAAAUCACCAUCUGCAACCAAUAUUAAUCCAACUCCUGAGAAAGUUGUUAGUAACGGAAAUGCUGGUGACAAGAGAAUUCUAGACAGCGAUUCCGAUUCCGACUCUGAUGACUCAGAUUCUAAACCUCAAGAGAUUCCUUCAAAAGAUGUUAGUCAGAAAAACUCAUCUAGCAAGACCGAAAGUUUCAAGAACAAAUUGACUCCAUCUCCUCAAAAAGUUAUGAAGUUGAUCAAGCCGAUCCAAUCCGAAAAGCUGAUGAAGAUGAAAAAUCUAAUGGAGAGUACUUUUCGAUCACAGUCGAUGUCAAAUCUAUCCAAAACUGCUGAAGCAUCUCCAAGAAAAGCAAGUAGUGAUUCGGAUGCUGUGACAAUAAGUAGGAUCGAGUUGACUUCUUUAAUCAAUGAUGCCGUCAACGCCAAUGCGACAGUAGCUCUUCUGAAGAAGGAUGUGCUCGAGUUGAAGAAGGACCAACUCGAAUUGAGGAAAGAGCUGUGCGACUUGAAAACAUUGUUGAGGAAAGAGAAAGAAAAAUCGAAACACACAAAAGAAGACAAUUUGGAAGAAGGCUCGGUUCUGCCUAACGACAAGAAAGAAUUGAUCGACCAAUUGCUGGCUAAACAAGCUACACAAAUUUUCUCGGAAAGCGAAAAAUCUCCGAAAAAGAAAAAGUCCCCGAAGAAGGCUAAGGAACCUACCACAGUGUCUCCUGAUGAGGAAGAGAAGCCUCUUCAGACUAAUAGCGAUUCUGAAACUUGUCCCACUCUAGUUCUAGUCACUGAUGAACCGAAAUUGAAAAAGAAGAAAAUUGUAGAAGUUGUGGAACAGCAAGAUCAAAUCGAUAAUGAAAAUGAUAACACCAACGUUGAAAAAAAGAAGAAACGUAAAAGGAAGAGGAGAAAUGAAUCUGUUGAAGAUAAUGUGGAAGAUAUUGAGCCGACUCGGGUGGAUCCUUUGGCGAGUAGUAGCACUGAGACUCCCGUGACUCCUGACUCUCAGUCCCAGAGACCAAAGAAGAAGCGCAGCCGCAAGAUUAAGAACAAAAACAAUGAAGAAGUGAAAGAGAAGAAACAACGGGAAAAAGAUGUAGAGCAAACUGAUGAGGCACCAUUAAAUAAUGUAGUUACACUCCACGCUGGUAUUAAUGAAUUUGAACAGCCGCAUGUAAAUGAAGAAAGGAAAAAGAAGAAGAAAAAGCUUGCUGCGCAUGUAGAACAAAUUGAGACGUUGUCAUUCAAUAAUGAAGUUUCGCUAAACUCUGGAAUUAAUGAAUUCGAACAGCAAAAUGUCAAUGAAGCAAGGAAGAAGAAGAAGAAAAAGCACGGUGUACAAGAAGCUGAACUCAAGUCCCACUUUGUAGAUAAUGUAUCUGUUGUCCCUAUUCAAUCUGAACUUCAAUCAGAAGUGAAUAAUGAAGUGAAGAAAAAGAAGAAGAAGAAGCAUGAGCAAAAUGAUGAAUCUAAUUGGCAAAAAUCACCAAAGAACGUCACUUCACCAAACCAAAAUCCGUUAUUCAAAAUCAAAAAGCAGAAGUUGAAAAAUAAAUUGAAAACAAAGUCGACGUUGAACAUUUCCAAGCAACACGUCCUGUCAUACAUGGACGAGUUUUGCGAUUUAAAACCCAAAACUGAUAAAAUCAAUUUGGAGACUGCCAAAAAUGAAGUUCUUGGAUCCAAAGACUCUAAGAAAUUCAAGUCGAAAAAGAAGAAUAAAGUGUGUGUAAAUGAUGCUGUUGAAUCUGCAACGUCUAAAAAAGAAGUCAAGAAAUCUAAGAAAGAAGCUAAAGACUCUUAUAAACUUACGCCUUCCACAUCUUUGGAUGUCACCAACUUUUGGAUGUAGAGACUGAAAUUGAAAGAAAGGAUGACUAGAUGAAUCUUGAACGUCACCGCUGAUGUUGAGCUUCAUCAGUCUUGCGUCAGGUGCGCUAGUGCGCUCGUUUCCAGGGUUUGGACUGUGUGGUUGUGAUGUAUGGAAGGCUGUGCCUUCUUCGGAAAUAAUUAUUUCAUCGUUGAUUAAGUUGAGUCUGGUCUUGUCGGUAAUACUUUAAUAUCUAUACUAUUGUAUUAUACUAUACUAUCUCUCACUAUUGUGGUUUUAUACAAGUCCCUGAAUAAUCUAAGAGAACAGUGUAUGUAUUUCAUAGAAGUCAUUUAUAAUUUGCCCAAGUAAGAGGCCAACUUAUAUAGGGAACAAUUUUUACUAUCUAUUCAUGCCAUCAAUGCCAAGACUAAUUUUAUUUUUCGGAUUUAUUAUAAAUACUUUUGUAUGCUUCAACUUAAUUUACCUUGAAAAGUAGUAGAUUAUUGUCAAUUAUUCUUUUCAUGAUUGCUUAUUUUUUCAAAAAUUGAUAUACUUAUUGAUUUAUUGCUUUCAUUAGGGGUUUGGUUAUCUUAUUUGGAUAUUUCAUCACCGUAAAUCUUUUCAACUUACUCAGAAUAAUCUUACAUUCAGGUGAAAGCACUUCUUUAAACUCUCUUAUUCAGAAGCAUAUUAUAAUGUUGAACUAUGUUUCUUAAUUUUCUUACAUCAUUGACACAUAUCCACCAAAUUUAUUCCUGUAAAGAGCUUAUAAGAGCGUUAGUAAAUUGAUUAUUAACAUUUAGUUUGAAGACAUUAGCUGUUUUUGUUUUAUUUGAAUUCGAUGUAUUUUUAAAAAAUAAAUGAUCAAUGUAAAACUGAA